UUUUACUUUUUAUUUUAUAUUUAUAUUUUUUAGAGGCGCAACUAUGUUUUCCUUUAUAAACAAGCAGCAAGACUCGAGGAAGCCAGAAGUUUACACUACGGUUCUCGAAGGUCUAAAAACAAUUUACAAAGAAAAACUGCUGCCAGUGGAACAACUAUACAAUUUUCACGAUUUCCACUCUCCACAACUGGAGGACAAUGAUUUCGAUUCGACGCCGAUGAUUCUUCUCGUUGGUCAAUAUUCAACUGGAAAGACGACAUUGAUAAAGUUUUUACUAGAAAGAGAAUUCCCAGGUAUGAGAGUUGGACCGGAGCCAACAACUGACAGAUUUGUCGCCGUCAUGUAUGAUAAAAACGAGGGCAUGAUUCCGGGUAACGCGUUGAUCGUGGAUCCCAAAAAACAAUUUAAACCCUUGGCCAAAUUCGGCAAUUCGUUUCUUAACCGCUUCCAGUGUUCGCUGGUGAAUUCACCCGUGUUGAGGAACAUGACUAUCAUUGACACUCCCGGAAUACUUUCCGGCGAAAAGCAACGCAUUGAUCGAGGAUAUGAUUUCAUAGGUGUGCUUGAAUGGUUUGCGGAGAGAGUAGACAGGAUUAUAUUGCUGUUUGAUGCACAUAAGCUGGAUAUUUCCGACGAGUUCAGGAGAGCCAUAGAAGCACUCAGAGGACACGACGAUAAAAUUAGGAUUGUUUUAAAUAAGGCCGAUAUGAUAGACAGCAAUCAGUUAUUGAGAGUUUACGGCGCUAUGAUGUGGUCCCUGGGGAAAGUGCUCAGAUAUCCCGAAGUGUCUCGAGUUUAUAUUGGUUCAUUUUGGGAUCAACCGUUGCAAUAUGACUUUAACCGGAAACUAUUUGAAGAGGAGGAACAAAAUCUUUUUAGAGAUUUACAGUCUUUGCCUAAGAACACCGUGCUGAGAAGACUGAAUGAUUUAAUUAAACGGGCACGAAUGGCGAAAGUUCACGCGUACAUAAUUUCAGAACUUAAAAAAGACAUGCCCAUCAUAUUCAGAAAAGAUUCUAAGAAAACACACCUCAUUAAACAUCUGAAUGAUAUUUAUUUGCGAAUACAGAGGCAAUACAUGUUUCCUGCUGGAGAUUUUCCUGAUAUAAAAAAAAUGCAGGACAUUCUUAUUCAUCAAGACUUUAAUAAAUUCGAGUGCCUUAACAAAAAAUUGGUUGAUGCAGUCGACGAAACUUUAAAUUACGACAUUUCAUCUUUAAUGACUAAGUUUAGUCUUGAGUCUGAAGAUUCGCAAGACAUUGAAGGUCUCCAUUUAACUUUAAUCAUGACAGUGAUUAAAUAUUUUAAAUUUUUAUGGUGUUUAGGGGGUGCAUUUGCUCGAGUCUCAUCUAUAGAGUCACCGUUUGGUUAUAUGAGAGGUGAGGGUGUUGAUGCGGGUUCUGGAGAGUCGGAGUGGGUUGUAAACAAGGACCGAACACUAUACGAUAAAAAAUUUAAUGAGAUGAAUCCUAUUGAUGGUAAAAUCACAGCCUCAGUCGCAAAAGAUGAAAUGAUUAAGUCGAAGUUGCCGAAUUCUGUUUUGAGUAAGAUUUGGAAAUUGAGUGAUUUAGACAAAGAUGAUAUGUUGGAUUCGGAGGAGUUCGCUUUGGCUAUGUACUUGAUUAAAAUUAAACUAGAAGGGAACAAUUUACCUAAUGAAUUACCGGCACAUCUAGUUCCUCCGUCGAAGAGACAAGAUUAGAUUUAUUACAAUUAUUAUACAAAUAAAUAAAUUUACGUAUAUAUUUUUACAA